ACCAUCGUCAGAAUGGCGACAGCCAGCGACGCCUACAUCUCAGCAGGAGUCAAUCGCUCAUCACACAAUGCAGAUUGGACCCUCUACAAGCCCAAAGAGGACCGUCAUGAGCCCAUCUCGGUGCUCGCCUAUGGAUCCAGCAGCAGCAUUGCAGUCGCAUACAACCUAGGCGACCCCGACUCGAAUCAUCGUGGCCUGUCCCACUUGGUCGACACGCAUUUCACGACGCCGAUUACGACGCUCAAAUUCAUCCCUCUGGCAGCGGAAGCGGGUUCGCUCGCUUUUGUCGCCGGGGCGGGCAAUGGACAGGCGGCUAUCUGGGUUGGCAGCGAAGCGUCUCAUGACAACGACGAUGCUGCUUCAACGUCGAAGACCUCUUCGCUCUGGAGGCCCCUGAGCUGGCGCAUGGCAUUCGAUCUGACGCAAAAGCCGGCGAAAAGCUCCAAAGCAACGCUUGUUCCGGUCAAGUCAUCUCGUACGGCUGGCUCCUCGGCAGGGACUGUUCAAGCCAUUGGCGUCGAACGCGGCGGGCAAGGCAUCGACGAUACGGCUGCUGCAACGAUCAUAGGCAUUGGAUCUUCAGACGGUACCAUCUCGAUCUACAGCGUUUCUCUCGCUUCUCUGAGCGCACGGCCGCCCGCAGCAGAUGUAGCAACAACGCAGCCGCAACUCAUUCAAACCUUCACCCCCUCAAAAUCCGAGCUAGGUAACGCUCUCCCACUCGACGUCUCCCUCGUCUCACUUCCAGGCAGCAGCGCCAUCCUGAUGGCGACCGCAGCCACGGAUCGCAAAAUUGUAUUCUGGCUAGCAGAACAGCGCGGCCAGCCGUUCAGCAAGGUACUGACCCUGCCUGGGCACGAUGACUGGGUACGAUCGCUUGACUUUUCUGCUGCCUUUUCACCCUCCAAAGUGGACGACGGUUCCCACGCUCUCUGCCUCGCAAGUGCCAGUCAGGAUAGCUCAGUCCGUCUCUGGCGAAUCAGGCGGCAAGACUCAUCGCCAUCGACCGAGCCAGCACCAACAGCACAACCAGCUUCUUCCACCCCGUCAAACGACGCCUUCGAGGCCCUCGCACGUCAGGUGGAAGAUGAAGCCGCGAGCGACUCUGCCGCCUUAUCAAGCAAGGUACACACCUUCAGCACCUCCUCCGGUUCAGCCUCGUGGGCAAUCACAUUCGACGCUCUCCUCACCGGACACGAGGGCUGGGUGACCGGGGUACGAUGGAUGCCCACGUCACCGACCACUCCGGCUCAGGAUCAGCCCGCCGCCCUGGUGAGCUCAAGCGUCGACAAUAGCGUGAUCCUUUGGACCCCUUCCGGCACCAGCCCCGUGGGCGGCUCAGCCUUGCCCGGCCUAUCUUCAGCAGAAGCAACCUCCUCCCUCUGGCUGCCAUCACACCGCUUUGGCGAACUAGGUGUAGCAGGGGCAGGAGCGAUGGGAAUGUUUGGUGCCCUUUUCGAUCCGAAGUGGCACCUCAGCCGAGACCAUGUCACCGUGGCAUCGCAUGCUUGGGGUGGACCGGUACACUUGUGGAGCCAUGUCGAAGGCGGCGAGGCAGGUGGUGCAAGAUGGGAGAGUCGCCCAGCGAUCACGGCGCAUGCACUAGCGGUGAAGAGUGCACGCUGGGCACCGAAGGGGGACUGGUUCCUGACGGCCAGCCUCGAUCGCACAGCACGUCUUUUCGGGAAGGUCCGCUCCAGCAACCCUGCCACUGGGUCUUCUUGGCACGAGCUCGCACGCCCACAAACACACGGCUACGAUUUGCAGUGCGCUGCUUGGCUUCAGGACGGGUUGUCAUUCAUAAGCGCUGCCGAGGAGAAGGUGGCUCGAUUGUUCGCGGCACCGCAGUCUUUUGUGGAUAGUGCGAGGCGACUCGGAGCGACAUCACAGGCAACUACAGCUACGCCAACGCACAACUUAUUGGCCCUUUCGCUGCCCCGCGAGCUCGAUGCGCAACAAGGGAGCACGACGCACCUUGAGCACUUGGGCAGGCCGAUUCGUGAAGCCGCGGAAAUGACUUGCCUUGGACCGAGGCCGCACAGGCUGGUAAUCGUGCUGUGCUCUGCACAAUUCGACACGCUCUGCGCUACAGAAGGGGAGGAGUUGGGGCUGGAAACCGUCAGCUUCUCGCAGAUUGAGACAAUACUGCGCUGGACGUAUGCUCAAGCGUGGGGCGUGGCUGUACAGCGUGACGCUCUCCUGCUGGACGUGGAUGCCCUCCUCGUCGGUCAGGCACAGGCGCCGCGCGUUGUGCGCAAGUGGGGAUCGGAGGAGGCGAGUGCGACAGAGAGGCUGCGGUGUGGACGAUUCUGGGCGGUGAAGGACUCGACUGCAGUCCUGCCUUUCUUGCUUGCUCAGAGGCCCGGAUCGACGAGCAGCUUGGCGCCAGAAUUUUUGCGGUUAGGUCAGGCUGCCGCUCAACCGGAUGCUUCCACCAGCGCUGCAGAGGGUAGUGAAGCCGAUGUCGAAAGUCGCCCGCCUUUCCCUCACCAUCCUGGCCUCGCCCUAGGCGGGACCUUUGACCACCUGCACUGUGGUCACAAGAUCCUUCUCUCUCUCUCGGCCCUCAUUGCCACCGAACUACUCAUUGUAGGCAUCACAGGCGACUCGAUGCUAGCCAAGAAGACGCACCCCGAGCUUGUCGAAUCCAUCCAAGAAAGGCGAGCUGCCGUUCGUCAAUUCUUGCAGACCUUCACGAGCACCAUGCCAAGGAAGAGGAGAAUGAGGUAUAACCUCGCCGCGUUGAAGGACGUUGCCGGUCCCGCGGGGACGGAGGUUGAGCUGCAAGCCAUGCUCCUCACAGAGGAGACGGUAAGCGGUGGCGACUACAUAGACAAUGCGCGCAAGGAGCGCGGCCUCAGUGCUCCGUUGCAGCGGUACGUCAUGGGUGUAUUAGGCGCGAGUGGAGAGACGGAUGUGAAAGGGCAAAGUGCGGCCGAGUUGGCUGCGGCUAAGGUGGGGAGUACGGCCAUUCGCAAGUGGCUGAGUGAGCAGGGUGCAAGGGUCAGGGCAGAGGCAAGACGGAGGAUGCGAGCUAUAGUCUCCGAGUCGCAGAAAGAAGACAUAGAGGCUUCUGCGAAGGCAAGCGGUCAGCAGGCGCCAGGAUCAGCUCGACCACUCGCUGCGACGGUUCCUGCUCUCGGACUGUCGAAUCGCGCCGUCUACGAAGGGCAAAGCGGAGAGGACACGCAAGUAGACGAUCUUGGCCGAACGGUCACUGCCGAAACCAACGGCAGUAUCCAUUCCCUGAGCGACGGCACCAGCUCAACAUAUCCGCGUCCUCCCGUGGAGGAAGAGCUCCUCUCCACGACCCUCUGGCCGGAGCUCGACAAACUCUAUGGACACGGGUACGAGCUCCUCUGCGUCGACUCAUCCCCCACUUCCCCCCUCGUCGCUACCUCGUGCCGCGCCACUUCCAGACAACACUGCGCCAUCCGGGUGUACGACGCUUCGCAGCACUGGAAGCAGGUGGCCAUUCUCCCAGGUCACUCUUUGAGUGUCACUAGGAUACGGUUCAGCCCAGACGGCAGGUGGAUAUUGAGCGUGUCUAGGGAUAGAAGCUGGAGAUUGUGGAGUGUUGAGCGUGCCGAGAAGGAGGCAGAUGGAAGUGAUGCUGGCGAAUGGCGCUUCGCUGCGUUUGCCGGCGGGGACGGAGACGAUGAUGACGAAGAGACGUCGAAGCAGAUACAGCUUCCCCACACCCGCAUUGUGUGGGACGCCGCAUGGGCCGACGAUGGGAAGACCUUCGCCACCGCCUCGCGCGAUCGAUCCGUCAAGAUUUGGAGAUUGGCACCCAGCGCAGUGCUUGCGCAGCGUCAGCAGAAGGGCGCGGAUGCCACCGAAGAGGAGGGGCCUGUCGCUCUCGUCGCUACCGUCUCGCGUCUCGCCGCUGGUGCGACCGCUGUUGCCUUUGACCUUUGGAAUCGCUUAGCCGUCGGACUCGACAAUGGUACGGUGGCGGUGUACCAAAUUGCGAGGACAGGAGAUCCGGAGGAGAUGCGCUUGCUCCUGACCUUGCCCGGCCACCACUCUGGCGCUAUUAACGAAGUGGCUUGGCGGCCGCACACGGCGGGCGAGGAGGAAGCCAAAGAUGCUACCGGACUUUUGCUGUCGGCCGGGGAAGAUGGCGCUGUACGCCUGACGAAGGUGGAGAGCAACAUCGUCUAGUGUGCCUCUGAUGGAAAUGCAAUACCUCGAUUUCACCUUAUAAUCCCCAGACCCUUACCGUCCCCUCCUGUCC